UACACAACGCACGCCGCGCCGGGUGCCGAUGAUCAUUGAUAGGCGGCGGAGUUGUUUAAAAAAAAAAAACAUCCGCAUCUUCUGUUCUCGUUAGCCCUGUUUUAAGAUGCUUUUCUGGUGUGACUAGAAAGUUAAACUGAGAGGCUCACGAUGGCAGAGAUUGCUGAGGCAUUCAUGUUGAAGGUAACGGCUGGAUUAGAUGAGCAGCUUGCCGAACUUGACAAGAAAAUUACAAGGUUUAAUGCUGAUGUCACACCCCAGAAUGAGAAGCUCCUGAAUGAUAUCGGGACCGUUCACCACCGAUGUGAAGAGCUACAUGACGAAAUUCAGGGUCUACUAAAUAAGCAAGGAGAACGGGAGAAAGCUGCGAAGGAGAGACAAGAUGAAUACGACAAGAACCACCUCUUCAAGUCGCCCAUCUCACCAAGCAGCAACCCCAAGACGAUCCAUGAACUCUAUGAAGAGAUGGACCUCCUCGACAUCGAUUCAGAUGAAGACAAUGACCACGACAGUGGCAAUGAGAUGGGCGAUGGUGACAAUGAUGACGUGCAUUCUGAAGAUGAGAUCAUCUUCAUUGGAAAAACUGACCUUCCUCCAACAAGCCAGAAGCGAUCAGCUAAUGAGGCACGGUUGACGCCACCCAACCCUUUAAGUCGACCAGUCGGACCCAUGGACAAGGAGACUGUAGGAAAGACAGCAACACCGCCACGUACUUCACCACAGAAAGCCACACCCGUCUCCAAACUCAACACGAUAACACCUCAAUCAUCAUCAUCAUUACCAAGUACUCAGGAGUCCCCGAAGGCAGCUAGUGUGUCCCCUGUCACCUUAGCAUCGAGAACAUCCUCCACGACAGCACCUGUCAUGACCCAGACUGUAACGGUUGAAAGUGCAGGAAGCACUCCCGGUAGAACCACUGUUGCCAAGGUUCAACAAGACGGGAACACAAGCACUAUAGUUAUACCAGCAUCCAUGCUUCCUCGGCCGAAGAACUUGCCAAACGCACAACAGUCCAACGCGCCAUUGCGUUUCCUCAUGCUGACCACUGCUAAGAAUGCAGCUGGUCAGGAGGUAAAGAGCGUAAAGACUUUGCUCUUGCAGAAUCCUCAAGGGGUACCCCUCAAUGGCCAAGUUGUCUUGAAGAUCCAAGAUGGACAACAGAAUCAGCUGAUGCAGCCAUCAUCACAGGUCCUUCAGGUUUUGCCACAUGGCAAGGCUCAAGGAACCCCUUCUGCUCCUGCAGGAAAACGUCCUCCAGGACCUGCAGAACCUUCCAAGACUUCUUCCGAGGUUGUGGAGAUCGUUGAUGAUGACGAUGACAUCGUGAUGGUGAGUAGCACUCCAGCAACCUCUGCUGCCAAGAAGAGUACCCCCGUCAAAGCUAUGGCCAGAGCACCAUCGGCCAUUCCUGGACAAGAUGGAAGUCCUGGAAAGGUUCGUCAAGGAGUUCAACUGAUCCAUGGGGCUGACUAUGAUGCUCAUCUGAUGGAAGGAGAAGAAAUGAUGUUUGGAGAUGAUGAAGCAACGUUGCCAGGGCUUGUUGAAGGCAAGAAGGUGUUGGCCAAAGGGGAAGAGAGUUUCUGGUAUCAGGGCAUACUCAUUGGACCUCCUAUACAUCAUAAAGGAAUGAAAAAGUAUAAAGUGAAAUUUGAGCAUGGACGCAAACGGCUGUUAUCCAGCAAGUUUUUGGCUGUCAUCACAUCUUCCAAACCAGCAGACCUUGCCGUGGGUAUAAGGGUAGUUGCUUCUUACCUGGUGGAGGAGGGAGCCAAGACAAAAGGAAUGUAUGCUGGAAUUAUAGCAGAGGUCCCGAUGAAGACAAAUAGAGGAAGAUAUUUGGUGUUUUUUGAUGACGGGUAUGCUCAGUAUCUUUCAUGUGAUAAGAUCCAUAUUGUCUACCAUUCAAGUGCGUGUGUUUGGGCGGAUGUAGAUAUUUUCUCACGGAAUUUCAUCCGCGAGUACCUCGAUAAAUACCCUGACCGGGCCAUGGUCAAUCUAAAGAAGGAUCAGUUAGUCAUGACAGAGUGGAAUGGCAAAUGGUGGAAUGCUCGAGUACUGGAGGUUCAAGGAAGUCUUGCUAACAUGCUGUUUGCAGCCACCCCAUCACGGAGAGCAGAGACCGAAUGGAUUUACAGAGGAUCCACUCGGCUUAAACCCCUUCUUGACUUGGGUGACAAGAAGAAUGCUGGGAUCAACACCGUUCCUACCCCUGAACAACUGAAACACAAUCUUCCAUACGUAGAGAUGACGAAGGUUCAUUCAGACCACAUCUUGCCAGAACGACAGAUACCUCAACCCAAGCCUGCAAUGUUGGGAAGUCUUAAUAAUCAACAAUCACCUUCGAUGACAUCAUCAUCGUAUCACUUCUCACAGCUACUACAGCAGUGUGCACAGCAGACUGCAAAUGCUCCCUCGUUUGCCAAAAAAUCUUCUUCGUCCGCCAGCUCUGUUAGCACUUCAUACGAGAGCAGCAGGAAUGAACAUAAAAAGAAGAAAAAGAAGAAGAACAAGCAUAGGGAAAGAAGGAAAGAUCGGUAUGAAGAGGAUAAACUGUUUGAACCAGAGACUCGAGUAGAUCGUUUCGUGAGGAAGGAGCGACUUAGAUAUGUCCCCCAUGUUUGUAGUCCCCUCUGCCUUGGAUCAACGCCUCAAGUGGUUGAUCGUACUCGGAAUCCACUCCUGGUACCCCUGGAUCUGGGCUGGGUGAGAGAGCUAUGUAAGCAGGGCGGGAGCAGCUACAAGAGACACGUCGUCUACAGGGCGCCUUGCGGGAAGAGUCUGUGUUCCUUUGAUGAUGUUUCCAGAUAUCUAAGAGAAACCAAAUCGGAAGUGUUAUCUAUAGAUCGAUUCACCUUUGCGUCACAUGUCCACAUCAGUUUCAAACAGCGGAAUACCAGACAGAAUAGUCGUUUCUAUUACAUGGAGCUUCCUGACCUGUCGAAUGGUGUCGAGAAAGUUCCUGUGUCUUGUGUGAAUGAGUACGAUACCGAUGAGCCACCUCCCCUGAAAUACAUGACGGAGCGUCAGGCGGUCUUGAGGGGGUCAAAGGUCAACACAGAUCCAAACUUCCUCGUAUGCUGUGAAUGUACCGAUGAUUGUUCAGAUGCUAGUAAGUGCGCCUGUAGGCAGUUGACAAUUUCAUCAUCAGCGUGGACACGGGAUGGCAAGCCUAAGCCGGAUGUUGGAUACAAGAACAGACUACUCAAAGAUCAAGUCCAAACAGGGAUAUUCGAAUGCAAUGAUAAUUGCAAAUGUUCAAAUCGCUGUGAGAAUAAGGUUGUACAGAACGGGCUUUCACUGAGAUUACAAGUCUUUAAGACCUAUGACAGGGGAUGGGGUAUACGAUGCUUAGACGACAUACCCAAAGGCAUGUUUGUUUGUACGUACGCUGGUCAGAUAUGGAAUGAGGAAGAGGCAAAUCGGAAAGGAAAAGAACACGGGGAUGAGUAUUUCGCCGAGUUAGACUUCAUUGAGAAUGUAGAGGCCAAGAAGGAAGGUUAUGAGAGCGACGUCGAGGAUCCAAUCGACAAUGACCUGUCCGACAAGGAUUCAGAUGACUCUAAUCAGAAAACUCAAAGUUCUUCAGAUGAAGACUUCAAUACAGCUCAAUCAGAACUGUCUAGUGACGAUUCUGCUGACAUCAUCAACCCUUCAUCUAAGGCUAAUACCAAGGAUUCAACCAAUCAAAAGGAGUCAUCCGGUGGAACUCGGCUGGUCUUACGAAGACAAUCUGAGAGCACAGAUCAAAGUCAAUGGUCUGUAUCUCUAGCCAGUCCCAACGCGAAGAAGGAUGCGACCCCUCCCCGAUCUACCCCUGGGGUGGGGUCAUCAGUGUCGACACCGGAGAGUCAGAAAGCGGCAUUGCUGAAGUACGGUUACGACCCAAGCCUUUGCAAAGAGGUUCUGGACCAAAAACAGGUGGAGGCGUUUAGACAACGGAGGCAGGCUAGAAAUCGACAAGCGUCAGGAGUCAACAGUGAAGAAGAUAGUAAAAGAGAAACCACACCAUCAUCAGGAAGCAACAACGAUGACGACAUCAAAAUAGUAGGAGUGCAAGGAUUGUCAUCAACGAAGGAAGAGGAGGAUGAUAAGAAAGUUGCCAUGGAAACGGAUUUGAGGCGAGAGGGCAGUGUUUCCAAGUCGCUGAGUGAACUUGGUUUAGAAGAGACCAAGGAUGAGGACGAUAAGGACAAGAAACCUCCCAAGCCUAAAGUGACAGGGCCAAGAGCGAGGAAAUCGACAAACUCUCGGAUGAGACAACGUUACAUGGGUAGUCCUGGAAACUCAUUGGAAACGACACAGACACAGAAGAAGGAGGAGGAGGAAAAAGAUGAAAGGAAAUCAUCUCAUCCCAGCUUGAGAAGUCUGUAUGGUGAAACCCAUUGCUAUGUGAUGGAUGCUAAGUACAUGGGAAACCUUGGCAGAUAUCUCAAUCAUAGCUGCAGACCUAAUCUAUUUGUCCAGAAUGUCUUUGUCGAUUCACAUGAUCUGCGAUUUCCAUGGGUAGCUUUCUUUGCAGCUCAGUUCAUCAGAGCCGGAAGUGAGCUGAACUGGGAUUACAUGUACGAGGUGGGGUGUGUCCCUGGAAAAGAAAUCAAAUGUCUUUGUAAAAAUCCGGACUGCCGAGGGAGGCUUUUGUAAUUAAUAUCGACAACUUGCACCGUGAAAACACAAACUGAAUCUGAAAUGAAACUCGCGUCCUUUUGGGCAAAGCUGUCCUUGAGUUGCAAGCGACUUCAUGAAUGACUGGUGAUCCUUUCUCAUGGUAGGUUAUACACAUCUGUGGUCCGUUGCAGAAAGAGUUGCGUUCAAACGCAAGUCCCAAAUGCGCGCUGUUGAUUGGUUGAAAAUCAAGUUGCGCAUGAUUUUUCGAGUUGCGAUUGAUUGCAACUCUUUCUGCAACGGGCCCCUGGUUUUCGCUAUACCUCAGUCACAUUUUCCUCUACGGCCACCAUUCCGCGAGUGAAAAACAGCCGUUUUAUCUUCUUUAAUUCAAACCACCCAUAUGUAGCUGGUGUGAUAAAUGUUCAAACAACUGUUUUUGAAUUGCCGUCCGGCGGCUGUAGGGGAAAUGUGACUGCGCGUAUUAGUCUUGAUAUUGUUCUUAAGAAAGGAUCACCAGUCAUUCGUAAAGUCGCUCAUAAUUCACGGACAGCUUUAUGACAGCCCACCAGUUCAGAUACAUGCGUGAUGCUUAAACCUUACAAUUUCAUGUGCUAAUCGAUAGGAAAGGAUGCAGCAACUAUAAUACCAUUCACCUUGAGCCCGAUCAAAUGAUUGGGCCUGCUACACAAAAAGGUUUGCAGUCAAUCACUAAAAUCAAUGGCAAUGGCCAAACAUAUGUGCAUAGUCACGCUCAAUCAAUCAUUGUAUUUAUUGCGGAUCUUGGUAUCCACUCUGUGGUGAUUAUGUUUCAGAUAGUCAAUGAAUUACAUGACUGUAUGUUUCAUGAUGUAAUUUAUUGGAAUGUUAAUGUUUGUGUUGUAUUAUGAUGUCAUUGAGGCUUUUGAUUAUAACUUAUAUUCCUGGGCACCGUCUUAGAAAGAGUUGCUAUUGAUCAGAGUAAUCACAACUAUGGAGGGCCAGCAACGUCAACAUCAAAAAUGCAAAUUUGUUCAAAAAGCUUUUUAGAUAUGACAUUCGUUCUCUUGAAGAUUCAGUGUGAUUUGCUUUUUUUUUUUUGCUGAGGAGAUUGUGCGAAUUUCCUGUUGAAAAAAUUAUGGUAUAGAUGGAUUUCCAUACGGUUGAAAUUGAUGAGACCAAUUGUAAUUAUUUAUAAGUUGGGGCCCUGACUGGCUGAUAUUCUCGUCAGUCGAGAGGGGGGGGAUGUGGGUAUUAUCCCCCUGCCCUGAUCAUCUCAGCUGCAGAAUGCAUGAUCUUGACAAAAAAAUGUUCAUGAUGGUGGAAAAUGACAAUCUCUCUGGUUUGAAUAGCCAAAUUUCAGUAAAUCUAUUAAUUUCAUUUGGAUUUGGAUUGUAUUAGUUAUGCUAAUUUAUGCAGCAUUAUAUUCAAAUUUGGCCAUAAAUGAAAAGCAAAGGCCCCUGAACUGCCAGUGUUGUGUUAAUGUAUUCUUGUUUUAAUCAUUCCAGGGUUAAAGUGAUUGGUUAACAUUGGUUUGACUUUAAAAAAAUCUGAGCUAGAAGGUCA